UGGACUCCAAUACGUAGCUACUUCGUUCUAUGUCAAUUUUUUUUUGACCAGCCCAUCUGCUAAUCUUGGGUUUUUGUUACAUUUAUUCGAGGGUUACACACACUACGGCUUGCAUUCUUUUUACGGAGUUCAAGCGCUAGCAUUUUCACCGACGCGCCAAAAAUGCAGUCUCCGGUGCUCCUCCAGCUGCUCUUGCUAGCGCUCAUGGGCACGGUGAGCGCCCAAUUCGGCGGCUUCUUCGACCAGAUGUUUGGCGGUGGUGGUGGCGGCGGCGGCGGGCAACAACAACGACAAGAGCAAAACGUCCCCAGCGACUCUGCCUGGUACCGCAGCAAUGUGGACGCUGCCGUAUGCAGCAACUAUCUCUGCCCCGACACUCUUGCUUGUGUCCAUUUCCCUCACCACUGCCCAUGUCCCUUCCCGGAUCACGAAGACAAGUUUGAGCUUGCUGAAGGUCAGAGGAUAUGUGUGUCGCGCGGAGGUUUCAAGGCGGGCGAGGCGGCCAGGAAGGUGGAGCUGGCGAGGAAGGGUCUUCUCUAAACGAGAAACCGAGACAUGUUUUCUGUUGAACUACGGAGUAGAACAUGUUGGGGUCGUUGACGAUUACCUUGCAUGGCAGUAGCUGCAUAAACCAACAGUCUUGGCUAGACCUAUGCGUGUUCUCGCGAAACCUUGCGAACCCUAAUGAUGCAAUUACCCCUCCCGGCCUUGAUGAACUCAGAAAAUCAUAUCAAUACUCCCAUGUGAACACCCGUGAUACUCCGUUCCAUAUUUGCUUACCCCUGAAAAGCACCAGAUAACGAGACAGGACC